UGUCAGAGUGCUUAGACACGGUGAUCAUCGCUCCAGAAGAUUCUUUCUUAAAUUUGUCUGUUGAGCCAUGGAACCUGGAAAUACCAUGAACACCCAAAAGAGGAAACCUAAUUCAAAUCUCUUGAAAUAUCAAGAAAGCAAUAGAGAAAGUUUUAUAUCAUGCAGUUCCGCAUUAAUCGUCCACACACUGCGGAUGGUGACAGAACAUGAAAACCAGGGAAACAACAGUCUCUGUGAUUACAUGGAUGAGAUGCUUCAUAGCAUUUUCUUCCUUGCUUACAUUCACGACCGAUCCUUGACUCCCAGUAAGCACUUCAAAUCUUCUAAACUCUGUGAUGUUGUCAAAAAGAAGUUUCCUGGGUCUUUUGAGAAGUACAGAUCUCAUUUGCCAACUCGCACACCCUUUUCCAUUCUGCUAAACAUGAUGGAGACACUUUAUCACACCGAAGAGGAAAUCAAAGUAGAGCUUCUGAUUCUUCUACAGGAACUCAAUUUCCCGUAUCCGCUCCACAAACCAGGCAGCAAACAUGAGCAGUAUUACACACUGGAGUCGACUGUAAUCUGUGUGUGUUCAGAUUCAGGAUCCAAUUCAGACUCAACACCACAGACAUAUUUUGGGGCGUCUCUUUCCUGCAGAAAAGGCAACGCAAAGAGAAUUCUGAUCGACGUGUCUUGUCUUAAAACAUGGCACGAGUUUGUAUCUCAUGCAGUAAUGUCAUUUACUUUGGAAGGUUCUGGUGAUGGUAUAACGUUCCCCGAGUCAGUGAAAUGUCAGGCAUACAUUAGAGACUGGAAUGAAAAUGUUUAUAAAGAAAGACGUCCAUGUUUAAACUGUGGAGAGCUGUUUAAUUUAAAUGAUGCAGACCCAGAUAAAGUACAUCAUCCGUACGGGAAUUGUGCGGAGACUGAGUGUUUAAGCAAACUACUUUUUAAUAACCAACACACACGAAAGAACACACGGAUAGAAAAUCAUACAGAGGAAACUUUAGAGACGCUGAGAAGAAGAACAAAAGAAAGCUUAACAAAGCAGCUUGCCCAGGUUGGCAUUAAAAUAAUUAAUGAGAACUUUCUCUUUUACAGUCCAAUGCAGAAGUCAUAAUGCAGAACGAAAGUUGUAUUUUUUAUACAGAACAGCUUAGAUUACUUGCAUAUAAUAUAAAAGCAUUGCCUUAGGUAAUCUGUAUACAUUAUGGACACUCACUAGAACACCUCCACACUUGCUCAUUAAUCCAAUUAGCCAAUGCUCAAAAGGAAAGAAUUUGCUAAGCUUGCAGUUUGGUAGCCACGGAUUGGAGGACUGGAGUCGAACCUAAUGUGGCUCUCCUGUUGUAGCCCAUCCACAUCAAGUUCUAGUGUGCUGUGUAUUCUGAAUGCCUUAGUAAAGAUCCUCACUCACUCACAUUCCGUAGCAUUUAUUCUGUACAGGGUGAUGGGAGGCCUUCAGCCUAUCCCGGGGGCUUUAGGCACUGGGCCGGGUAUAGGAUGACAAUCCAUCACAGGGCUCACUGGUAAUAUUAGAGAUGGUUGCGUGUGAAAUAAAACAAGCCCAUGCCAGAUGAUUAUUUGAUUGGAUAAUUGGGUGAAUAAGCAGGUGUACAGGUGUUUCUAAUAAAGUGGCCACUGAGCAUAUUUAAAAAAAAUUGUGCAUAAUUUGUAAAUGUAUUGUCUUAAUUAAAGAUAUGCCUUCUU